GUCGGACUUCCCUCUGUAGCGUGUAUGUGCGUGUAUGUGUGUGUGUGAGAGAGUGUGUGAGUUCACCGUUGCGCACUGGCAGUGACUUUGGAUUAAGCGUGAACCAUCUGGAAUUCCUGCUCUGGCACAAGAGCUUUUUUCCGCGUAAAACACGCUUUCUGAAAUCUGUACAGAAGUUCUGGAAAUGGCUGUGAAGCGUGAAGCGACGCGAAAUCCAUCGACGGCUAAACGGCUUCCCUGGGUUUCGCUGACGUCACCAUCGCUUCACUGAAGAUGGACACACUGGAGUCGGAGUUGACUUGCCCAAUCUGUCUGGAGCUUUUCGAGGAUCCUCUGCUGCUGCCCUGCGCCCACAGCCUGUGCUUCAACUGCGCCCACCGCAUCCUGGUGUCCCACUGCAGCUCAUUCGACGAGUCCACCAAACCGUACUCCGCCUUCCAGUGUCCCACCUGUCGCUAUGUCAUCACCCUUGACCAGCAGGGUCUAGACGGCCUCAAGCGCAACGUCACUCUGCAGAACAUCAUCGACCGCUUCCAGAAGGCCUCUCUGAGCGGGCCCAACUCGCCGACCGAGACCCGGCGCUGCCCCCGCGAGCAGUUCCCUCCAGCCGUGGAUGACGGCAGGGCCAUGAGUUCACCGUGCGAGGCGGUGCAGUGCCAGUUCUGCGAGCAGGACCCGCCGCAGGAGGCGGUGAAGACCUGCGUCACCUGCGAGGUUUCCUACUGCCAGGAAUGCCUGCGUGCGACUCACCCCAAUAAGAAGCCCUUCACCGGACACCGGCUGACGGAGCCCGUGCCGGACGCGCGUCUCCGAGGACUGGCCUGUCCCGAGCACGGAGAGGAGAAGGUCAACAUGUACUGUGUGACGGACGAGCAGCUGAUCUGCUCUCUGUGUAAGCUGGUGGGGCAUCACCGCGAACACCAGGUGGCGGCGCUGGGGGAGCGAUUCGACAAGCUGAAGCAAAUGUUGGAUUCCAACCUCAGCAAUUUGAUCAAGAGGAACAGCGAGCUGGAAAACCUCAUGGGGAAGUUGAUCCAGACGUGCCAACAUGUGGAGCACAACGCGGCUCAUCAGGAGAGCAAACUGACAGAAGAGUGUGACACGCUGAUCAACAUCGUACAGCAGAGGAGACAAAUCAUCGGGACCAAAAUAAAAGAGGGAAAAGUGGUUCGGCUGAGAAAGCUAGCUCAACAGAUAGCUAACUGCAAACAGUUUGUGGAGAGAUCGUCCUCCCUCAUCGCUCAAGCGGAUCAGGCUCUGAAAGAGACCGAUCACGCUCGAUUCCUACAGACUGCAAAGAGCAUCUCAGAGAGAGUCUCAAUGGCAACAGCGUCCUCACAGGUCCUGAUUCCAGAGAUCAACCUGAAUGACGCGUUUGACGCAUUCGCACUGGACUUUUCCAGAGAGAAGAAGAUGCUGGAAGGUCUGGAUUAUCUCACAGCUCCGAACGCUCCCACCAUCCGCGAGGAGCUUUGCACGGCAUCUCACGACACCAUCACAGUCCACUGGACAUCAGAGGAUGAAUUCAGUGUGGUUUCAUAUGAACUCCAGUAUACCAUCUCCACCGGCCAGGCUAAUGUCGUCAGUCUGUGUAACUCGAUGGACAGCUGGAUGAUCGUGCCCAACAUAAAGCAGAACCACUACACCGUUCACGGCCUGCAGAGCGGAACCAGGUACAUCUUCAUCGUGAAGGCCAUGAAUCAGGCCGGGAGCCGCAGCAGUCCGCCGGGAAAACUCAAGACAAACAGUCAGCCGUUUAAGCUUGACCCCAAGUCGGCCCACAGGAAGUUAAAGGUCUCGCAUGACAAUCUGACGGUGGAGCGGGACGAAGCCUCGUCCAUGAAGAGCCACGCUCAGGACCGCUUCGGCGGCACGGGGAACUACGGCGUCACAGGGAAUGUGUACAUCGACAGCGGGCGGCACUACUGGGAGGUUCUGAUCGGAGGGAGCACAUGGUUUGCCAUUGGCAUCGCUUAUAAAUCUGCUCCCAAACACAGCUGGGUCGGUAAGGACUCGGCGUCGUGGGUCUUGAGCCGCUGCAACACCUCGUGGGCCGUGCGUCACAACAGUAAAGAGUUUCCCAUCGAACCGUCCCCUCACAUGCGGCGUCUGGGCGUCCUGCUGGACUACGACUCCGGCUCUCUGGCGUUCUACGACGGCGCGGGAACACAACACCUCUACACCUUCGACAUCGCCUUCUCACAGCCCAUCUGCCCCGUCUUCAGCGUGUGGAACAAGUGCUUGACCGUCCUGACGGGGCUGCCUAUUCCUGACCACUUAGAGAUCAGUGACCCGCACGACUGAAGCCAUUACACCUGCUGUUAACAUGCAUCUCAGAUGAAGGGUUGUGUACCAGAACCAACUCAACAUAUGCCGCUGUCAUACCGAAAAUACAUACUUUACAGUUCUGCUUUAUACACAAUUUCACAUCUUCAGUACACACAUUUCAGUCAAUUUAUGCAAUGUGUCAAACCUUUAAACCACCGGAGAAUAAUCAGUCCGCGGAAAGAGUUUACAAGUAGCCCAAUUCUGCUGGAAAACCAUGAACUUGGCAGAUUUAAAGGGAUAUUUCACAUCAAAAUGAAGAUUCUGUCAUCAUUUCCUCACCCUCAUGUCGUUCCAAACCGUAAGACUUUCCUUCAUUUUUGAAACACAAAUGAAGAUAUUUUAAUGAAGUCUGAGAAAUCUCUGAUGUUUCAGAUGGUAAAAUAAAUCCAUAUGAAUGGAUAUGGAUUUCAGAGACUUGGAUUAAACCGCUCUAAACAUAUGGAUUUAUUUUACCGUCUCUUUAUGAAUGUUUGGAAGCGAGUUUUGUGUGAACAGACUUUCAGUGGAGGGACAGAAAUCUGUCAGAUUUCAUUAAAAUAUCUUCAUUUGUGUUUUGAAGAUGAAGGAAAGUCUUACAGGUUUGGAACGACAUGAGGGCGAAUAAACGAUGGCAGAAUUAUCAUUUUUGGGUGAACUUACACUUCAAGGCAGGACACUACAGGCAAAUAUAUUGUUUUUUAUUUUCAUGCACUGCUCAAUUUCAAGAUUUUGGGCUAUUUUGGCUUUUUAUAAUGUUUUUUUUUUUUCAGACUAGUGUAAAAACUUCCAAAAUGCACUUUUAAGUGUUUAUUUUAUUGCACUUUAUCUGUUUGCGUCUGUAAGUUUCAUUUUCAACACAUAUUUGCGUCAGAAAUCUCCACUUCAGCAGCUUUACAUUCACCAAACUUUACAGUUUUAUUCAUAUAUAUAUUCUAAAGGUUUGUUCAUAUAUCAUUUACUUAGAACGUUUCAUUCCUGAAAACAUGAUGAAAAUACUUUUUUUUUUUUUCUGUCUGUUGACUGUAUUUUCUGGUUUAUGGAGUGAUGAAGAGAAUCCUCUCUGUAAAAACCUGCAAUAUGUCAGCAAAAUCAAACAGGAAUGACGAAUCUUGCUUUAUCCAGUGUUCAGAUUUCUGCUCUGGAAAUGUAUGCAAAUGAGUGCAUAUUUGAUUAGAUAAUGCCUCAUUUGCAUAUUGCAUAACAUUUCAGAAAAUAUUUGCAGUUCUUAAUAUAAUCAAUCAAGUGAGCGAGUACGAUGAUAUAUUUUACUAACGUGAUCAUUUGAGAUGGAUGUUAAUACAGGGUAAACCAGGCUCCUGCAGAACUGGACUAGAAUCUCUGUUUGCCUGUAAGAAAAGUCCACAACACUAUUCCUGUUUCACCUAAUAAUAAUCGCUUGACCUACAUUCCAUAAUUAAGCACCUUGAAUCGUAAUAGUUGUCGUCCGAGCAGAAUUAUUUAUGACUCUUCUGUCUCCUGCACCUUGAGUCACUUUAUUUACUCAUUCUUUAGGGUUUUAGUGUCUGUGUAAGAUUGUGUGCGAACACCAAAUUCAUGAGAUGGAAUCAGCGCUGACACAUGAUUUACUGUUGUGAUCCUGCUCCUGUGUGACUGACUGGUGCUCUUCUCGGCUGUGUUCGGAAUGGAAUACUAGCUUACUGCGUUCUGAAUACUGUAAGGUAUACUCUGUUAGCUGGGAAAUAAAGUUAUUUUACAUUUUAUUUCUUAAUCUAUAUGUAGAAUUCAGAAAGCUUUGUUAUUAGCGACACUGGUGGCCGUUAAGUGAACUGCAGCAGCAACUUACUGCUCGUGCGCACAUGACGUACAAGAGACUGAACGUGAUUCAAGGCCCGAUAUACUCAGUCUUUAUGGAAGCUUGUUUUCGCCACUGAAUAAAAAAUGAUAUAAACUCGCAAUUUUGACUUUUUUCUCUGAAUUGCAUGAUAAACUCGCAAUUUUGACUUUAUGUCUGAAUUGCGCGAUAUAAACUCACAAUUUUGACUUUUUUCUCUGAAUUGUGUGAAACUCACAAUUUUGACUUUUUGUCUGAAUUGCGCAAUAUAAACUCACAAUUUUGACUUUUUUCUCUGAAUUGCACAAUAUAAACUUGCAAUUUUGACUUUUCUCUGAAUUGCGCGAUAUAAACUCACAAUUUUGACUUUUCUCUGAAUUGCGCAAUAUAAACUCGCAAUUUUGACUUUUUGUCUGAAUUGCGCGAUAUAAACUCACAAUUUUGACUUUUUGUCUGAAUUGCGCAAUAUAAACUCACAAUUUUGACUUUUCUCUGAAUUGCGCGAUAUAAACUCGCAAUUUUGACUCUUUUCUCUGAAUUGCACGAUAUAAACUCACAAUUUUUACUUUUCUCUGAAUUGCGUGUUUAAAUCAGGCAAUUCUGACUUCGUAACUUACAAUUCUGACUUUAUAUCAUGCAAUUGCGAGAAAAGAAGUCAGAAUUGUGAGAAAAAAGUCAGAAUUGUGAGAUAUAAAUUCUCGCAAUUUUGAUUUUAUUUCUUGCAAUUGUUAGUUUAUAACUCGCAAUUCUGACUUUAUUUCGCAAUUGUGAGAAAGAAAAAGUAAUUAUCUUUUUUAUUUUUUAUUCGGUGGUGGAAACAAGCUUCCAUACCUUUUCAUUCUUCACUUAGAAGUAACAAGUUGUAAAUACCUUUACUGUUGACGAACAUCCCGACGCCGUCACGCUGCUGAGAGCGACGGUUAGAUGAAUAUGUAAAUCUGUGCUGCGCGCUUUCCUCUCAAUAACAAAAUAAACACAACAAAACUUACAGAAAGCAGCAGUUAAGAAGCAUCUGGAUAUGUUUGCACCAGCUCUGCGAUUCACCGACUUAAUGUCGAUAGAUGAGGUAAUUAAAAUUACACUGUUAUAAUUAUAAAGUAUAUAGGCUAUUUGAGACAGAUCUGGCUAUGUAACCGUUUGAUUUUCCCGGCAGAAACGACCCGAGUCCUUCACAUACAAAUCAGUCUACAGGCUUUCAUAGACAACCUAGAAACAAGGUUUUUAGGUUUCCUACAAGCUGUUCACACAUUGGCAAUAAAGUGAUUAAUAUGUGAACAGUUCUGACAUAUAACUUUUGCCAGUCUUAUUAAACACUGCAGAAGUAGUACAGUAGUACAGUAGUAUGCUAUUCCGAACAGAGCCAUAUUGUACGUGCACUUUUUCUAUGUAUCUGACCUUUACCCUGUAACUCUGCAAGAAAACUGUGACGUUUCAUUUGAUUAAUUUAAUUUUCAGGAUUGUUUUGGUCCCGCUUCGUUGGCAUAUUUCUCAUAUGAAAGAAGUAUGGAUAUAUCCUGAAAUGAGUUUAUAGUCAAGUAAUUAUUUAACUUUGAUGUUUUCAUCGUCACACAGAGGUUUGUGUUGGAUAGUCCGACCGGAAGCACAAAGGGAUGCUAGUUAAAUGUUUUCAGUCACGAUCAGUUUAUGACUUCUGUUAGAAAUGUCUUAUUGCAGAUUGAUUAGCACCUACUGCACUUCGCAUGAUUUGAUUUGAUUCACUUUUCUUUUCUUUUUUUGCCCUUUUCUGGAAAUGCUUCUAAAAUCUGGUUCAAUGUACAGUGUUACAGUUAUAUUUUGUAUUUCAGAUCAUUUUUUUCUGAAUUAAAAAAAAUUGUGAAAAAUGUUUUGCCCUGGAAUAAUAAAAUAGUUUGUCCCAUUA